AUGUCGUUCGGCUGCGGCGUCGGGGAUAUCAUUUCAAUCAUUUCAAUCAUCUCUUCUGUCGACACUUUCAUCAAAGCGUGCCGCGAGACGUCUGCGACAAUAAAGACACUGCACCAAGAACUUCAAAAUUUAGGGACGUGGUUAGGUGAAUUGCAACAGGAAGAAUCAAAUUUUGGGGAGUUAGCAACUGAACUCUUAUCGAAGAGACAGAGAAUCGAGGCGGAAGUCGAAUUGAAACUUCAUCGACUCUUGCGUCGGAUUUUCGCCAUCAUUGCCUUUGGGUUAUCUCAGAGCUUGGGUAGCCUUGCGAUAACACGCAGGCCUCCGCCGCGUCACCGGCGGAGAUCCUGCGCGAGCGUGAACAAUCCUCGGCCACAGCCAACACUCGUAUCGGAGAACCUUUCACGAUUCGCCUUUUUUAUUCGUCAACCCUCGGGACCUCUACCCGACGUUAUUAGCCAACUGACUCCAGGUGCUUCGGCAAGGCUGGUAGAGACAAAGCACUACAGUGACGAAGAGUCGAAUUAUGCAACCAUCUAUGAGCAACCCAUCGUCCCCACUCUGUAUCCUGAUCCUCAAUAUCCCCUCAGCAAACCCUUUAUGGACGAGACGACCAUCUCGUCGUGGCCAUCUCCAGAAAAUCCCGAAUUUGGCUACUCCUCCACAAAUGGAGAUGCACAGAAGACAUCCUCAACUCCAUCCGCCUCAUCAACUCCUCACACAUCUUCCUCCGCAUUCGGAUCAACUGCUUCUGGUAACAUCGAUUGGAUUUCCUGCGAGUUUGCAGGCUGCCAAAGAACAUUUACACAACGCCACAUCUACAACAAACACAAAAAGUCCCACGAACAUCCAGAACAUUGUUCUAUGUGCGGGCGCGGCUUUGAAACCAACAAAGAUGUUCGACGCCACAUCAAAGAUAAACACCAGUCGACGAAGGAUUUUCACUGCCUUGUCACUGGAUGCAAGUAUGCACAAGGAGGAAAGAGAGAUGGUUUCGCACGGAAGGAAAACUGGAAGAGGCACUUGCGAAAUCAGCAUGGGAUGGGUGACGAAUCUCCUUGA